AUGUACCAUUUACAAUCGAUUCAUGUACCGGUUGGCACAUGUGCUUUUUCUGAUUUUUCGUAUAUGGAAAGCACUGAGGACAAUUGUUUUGAUAACUUGGAUUUAAUUUUCGUCUUUUCAGUGGGUAAUAUACCGUACAAUUGUUCUGAAAUGGAUGUGGGGAAUUUCUUUAGCCGAGCUGGAACCGUCCUGAACGUGCGUUUGGUAUACGAUCGCGAAACGGGUCGUUCUAAAGGGUUCGGCUUCUGUGAUUUCAUGGAUGAGGCAUCAGCACAGGGUGCGAUUAACACACUAAAUGGAGCCGACUUCAAUGGUCGUACGUUGCGCGUCAACUGGGCGAACAAAUAA